AUAAAUCAUAUGCUCUACUGCUUCUUAAAGAACCCUAAGUGUGCCCUGUUUAAAAAGGUUCUGGAACCAAAAUAUGUUGAACAGCUUGCUGAAACCCCACAGCCAUUCUAUGUGGGAGUAAAGAGAGCCAACACACAGAACCAAGUCACACACUGGGUGAGGCAAUUGCUGGCCUACUAUACAGGAGACAGACUGAACAGCAGUUAUACUAGCAGUAACUGUUCUUCUAGCAAUAAGCUUUAUAAUUACUACUGGAUCAGUCAUCCUCCAGAUGGGAUGUGUAUUAGGACAACUGCUAAUUUCUCAGAGGCAGAAUCACCAGCAUUUUUAGAUAGAAGUGAGUCAGUGGUGCAAAUGUAA